CCAAGGAGCAUAUCCAGGAAAUGAAGAAAGAGCUUGAUUCGCUCUUGCAAACAGCCGAGAAGGCGUUCACAGUGGAGCUGCUGAAGGUGCCGGUUGCUAUCAGGAAAAUGAAAAGGAAAGACUUGCUCAAUUUGCAAGGAAGUGAGGAAGUGGCUCUCGCUGCUGCAGUGACUGACUGCUCUACUGAAGACAUACCAAAUCCAAAACUGGUGAGAACGAACAGUAAAAAAGUUAAGGUAACUACAAUUGUUGAAUAUGAAGAUGCCAAACGUAUUCCUGCAAAGACAAUAUCUAAAAAAGUUUCCAAAACAAAGUCAUUGGUUUCACUGGCCUCUGGUUUAAAUACCAAACUGAACCCUCUUUCUAGGUCUGUUCGUGCUUCUGCAAGCAUGACUGAUGCCAUUAAGUCUCUUGGUUUUGAUAGCAGUGCUACGGAUUUCAAAGCCAUACCAAGUGUAUCUAAAAGUGCUGGACUGCAACGGACCCUCUCAAGAACUGAACCGACCAAACGAAGAGCUCAAGGCAUGUUGCUAAGAAGUAAAUCAGUCCCACAAGAUAAAACUCUUCCAUUCGUCAACAUUCCCCUGGCUGACGGACAGACGCUCUGUACAGCUGGUGGAGAUCUCCAUAAUAUUGAUGUGCAACUACUAAAUCAAGAUACAGUACAGCAUAUUCAUAACUUGGUGAGUGAGCUGACUGUACUGUGUGGAAAGGCAACAGCUAAACCAAGUUAA